AUGGGCAGCGCCGAGAACCGCAGCGACGGCUCGGAGGGCGCGGGGGAGCCGCCGUGGGCCGAGAUGCUGCCUUGCGACGAGCGCCGUUGCUCGCCCUUCCCCCUGGGGGCGCUGGUGCCAGUGCCAGCCGUGUGCCUGGGCCUGUUCGCCGUCGGGGUGAGCGGCAACUUGAUGACGGUGCUGCUGAUCGGGCGCUACCGGGACAUGCGGACCACCACCAGCUUGUACCUGGGCAGCAUGGCCGUGUCCGACCUGCUCAUCCUGCUCGGGCUCCCCUUCGACCUGUACCGCCUCUGCCGCCUCUCGCUCUACGUGGGUGAGGGCUGCACCUACGCCACGCUGCUGCACUUGACGGCGCUCAGCCUCGAGCGCUACCUCGCCAUCUGUCGCCCGCUCCGGGCCCGCGUCCUUGUCACCCGCCGCCGCGUCCGCGCGCUCGCCGCGCUCUGGGCCGCGGCGCUGCUCUCCGCCGGGCCCUUCUUCUUUCUGGUGGGCGUCGAGCAGGACCCCGGCCGCUACGCGGUCCAGGACCUUAACGGCACGGCGCAGCACACCCCCUCGCCCCGCGCCUCGCCACCACCGCCACUCCUCGGGUCCUCGCGGGCGCCACCACUGUCCCCGCCGUCGGGGCCCGAGGCGGCGGCGGCGGCGGCCGCAGCGCUGUUCAGCCGGGAGUGCCGGCCGAGCCCGGCGCAGCGGGGCGCGCUGUGCAUCAUGCUGUGGGUCACCACCGCCUACUUCUUCCUGCCCUUCCUGUGCCUCAGCGUCCUCUACGGGCUCAUCGGGCGGGAGCUGUGGAGGAGCCGCGGGCCGCUGCGAGGCCCGGCCACCUCCGCUCGGGAGAAGGGACACCAGCAGACGGUCCGCGUCCUGCCUAAGUGGCGCCGCCUCUUGGUGGUGGUUCUGGCGUUUAUAGUUUGCUGGCUGCCUUUCCACGUUGGCAGAACCAUUUACAUAAAUACCAAGGAUUCCCGGAUGAUGUACUUCUCUCAGUACUUUAACGCUGUUGCCCUGCAACUUUUCUAUCUGAGCGCAUCCAUCAACCCCGUCCUCUACAACCUCAUUUCAAAGAAGUAUAGAGCAAAGGCCUGGAAACUGCUGCUAGCCAGGCGGUCCAGACAGAGAGGUUUCUGCAGAAGCAGGGAGGCUGAAGCGGACCCUGGAGGAGACAUGGCUGGCUGCACCGAGACCAGCGCUAAUGUACAGACACCGGCAACCAGCAUGGCCAAACACAGCACCUCAUCCCACAGCUCUGGGACUUAA